AAAUGGAGGUUUGACUUCAGAGGCUGCUCCUUUAUCUGAGAAUUUCACAUUUAAACAUCGACGUUUAGAAUAUUUAGUAUAAGAUAAUCUCCAAGAAGCCUCCUAGUCAUCACAACACAGCGAAUAUCGUUUAAUCAAAACGUGAUUAAAAAAUGGGGAAUUUCACGAGUAAAUUAUUUUAUCAUGAACACGAUAAACCGAAGCAGUUUAAUUCAUCAUCGUUAGUUUUGGAAAAUCACGACACAUGCACACCCCAGCCACAUAAAAGAAAAUCUCUUAUUGACCCCAGAUCAGCAACUUUAGGAAUAGUCAGAACUCCAAUCGAGAUAAUCUCAUCUUCUCCAAAGGAAACAGAAGUAGUGAUCAGCGCCGUGCCAAAGUAUUUACAGCGAAAACCUUACUUGGAAACAAAUUUCGAUGUCACACCAACAUCCCCGACUUUGGAGGAAUCGUUAGAUCCAAGAUCUCCAAACGUAGACAUGCCACGAACUCCAAUUCUGCUGGAGACUCUUCCACAAACCGACACUCCAAAAUUCUCUGGCUCGCAUCGUCGCAGCAAAAAUCUCUUGCUAAGCGAAAUGCGUCAAAAGAUGUUAGGACUUGACCCCAGAUCGCCAGCGUAUGACUUUGACAGGACGCCUAUUUUAAAACCAAAAUCAGUCGAAAAUGCCAAGGCCCGCUCUCAUGAAAAUCUAAACACCAGCAUUUACGACACCAAAAUUCCAUCCUCGAGAUUAUCCUUCUGCGAAACCACAACCUACCUCGAUGUUCCUGAAGUUAACGUUCUGCCGGAUGUUGUUGCAAGCUUAAAUAAUUCCGAAUCUCCGAGCAAUGCAUCCGACUCAAGUUGCAGUUCUGGCAAUGAUACUUGUUCGGACAACAGUGCAUGCACAGUGUUGAGGAAUUUACAUGAAGAUUCUCUGGACAGCUCCUUUGGCAGUUCGUCCUCUGACUCUUCUCUCGAAAAUCCAAGAGCAGAAAAGAAAACUGAGGACUGGGAAGCAAAACUUGUAGCCGAUUCAGAGAACAUCAUUGACAAUGUUCUACUCACUGCUAUGAAAGAUUUCGAAGUGAAAUUUAACGAAGCGGAGAAUAAAAUCAAAAUUUGGAGAGAUACGCUGAGCCCGGUGAGAGAAGCAAAUUCGGAUUCUGUUGUUGGCUGUGUGUCAGAGGCUCGUACGGAAUUCACGAGUCCGAAGGAUGAAGUUAUUAUAGAAUUUGACGACGGGGAUUGUAAUCUGCAAGGAACUAUAAAGAAACCAGAUAAUAUUUUGCGAAAGAGUGAGUCGGAAGAGAAGAAAAAGAAGAGAAUAGUCCAAAAAGAAAUAGAGGGCAAGAAGCUCUUCAGUCCCAGUAAAAAACAUAUCACUGAGGCUAAGAAUCUUGAUAUACUUUCGAAUCGAACGCCGCUAAGGAAUAGAUCGAACAGUAACAGUAAGUCGCACGGGACAGUUUUAAAAUCGCCACAUUUGCGGCGAAAGGCGCCUUUCGCUAUGCGAAUGCAUCAAGAAAACACUCCGCCAAAUGGAAAAAAGACUCCUUUGAAAUCGAGGUUAAACCACACAAAAUGGGACGGAGACUCCACAGUGAUUAUAUAAUUAAUAUAUUAAAUUCUUUGCAGAAUGAAUUACCAUUACGAAGUAAAUAAUUUAAAAUUAAGAUGAAUCUUUCAAGAAGCAGUUUAUGUGUUUCUUUACAAGCUUGUGAAGAAAUGAAGGAUGUCUGACUAAGGGUACAGGGACUAUAAAUUAUGUUUUUAAAUUGAGAACUAAACGCGAAAAAUUUUAGAAAAUUAGACCUCUUUAAUAAUUAGGUUACUACUUAUUUACGCCUCAGUGCUUUUUUGCAUUGCUUGUCGUAUCUGAUCUUUGGCGACUUGAAUUGAUGUCUUCAGAUCUGCACUGGGUCGUACGAGUUGAGUCACACUGAAAGUAAAUGUAUAAUACAAUAUUAAGUAACACUCUGUUUUUCAUUGUAAGAAAAUAAUAAAAAGACUGCUUUUUCUAUCUA